UAAAACCCUAGUAAAUAUAUGCACCCUAUAAUAAUACUUACAACCUUCAGAAGCAACGUUCGUGUCGCCUCCAUCCAUCCAUCCAUCGUCUCAACACCUGCACUCAGAACAAAAAAUGGCUGUCCCAAAGUUGGAUAAGAAGAUUAUCAAGAAGCGGGUCAAGAAGUUUAAAAGGCCCCAAAGCGAUUGGAAGAUUUGCGUCAAGGAAAACUGGAGGAGGCCUAAGGGUAUUGAUUCUCGAGUGAGAAGGAAGUUUAAGGGAGUUACUCUUAUGCCAAACAUUGGUUAUGGAUCAGACAAGAAAACCCGACACUUUCUUCCAAAUGGGUUCAAGAAGUUUGUGGUGCACAAUGCAAAAGAGUUGGAAGUCCUUAUGAUGCACAACAGGACAUACUGUGCUGAAAUUGCUCACAACGUCUCUACCCGCAAAAGAAAGGAUAUUGUGGAACGUGCAGCCCAGUUGGAUGUCGUCGUUACCAACAAACUGGCCAGGUUGCGCAGCCAGGAGGAUGAGUAAACUGUCUUGUAUUAACCAUGAAUGAUAUAAGCACUUUUCUAUGGAUUGUUUGUGGUGUUUUUAGUACUUCAGUUAAGGACAUGUUUAGUUUUAUUUCUGACCCUAUCUACAUGAAAUGCAACUUCAAGAAGUGUUUGAUGUGUUCUGCUAGUUUCAUUUUUGUAAUGUUUAUGUUAAAUUACGAGUGUUUUAUA